AUGUACUAUUUGACAUUUUUCUUCUUGGUCCUGAGGAUUUCCUUUCUAUUUUGGAGUUUGAUAGAUACAAGGUGCUUUAUGAGACAAAAUGAUCCAGAAACUUGGAGUCAAGAUAAAGAUAUUGAUUGUUUGUUUUCUAUUUAUACAAAGCAUGGCCACAUUAAGAAUGAAUAUUUCAGCAGUAAUCUAGAUAAGAAGUUGACUACUAAGAGUAUCCACUUAAUUUUAUGUCUUUAUUUUGCUCUUGAAAAUAUCAACACGGACCAUCUUAUUUUACCAAAUAUUUCUCUGCUAGUUAAAAUUGAAUGUAAUUUGCUAGAUGAUUGGAGAAUGAAUAGGUUAUUCUCAAGAAUAGGUGAAUUUCUUCCUAACUAUGCCUGUAUAAAUCAGAGAAGGUAUUUAAUCGUACUUACAGGUCCAACAUGGAUAUCAUCUGCUAUGCUUGGACCACUCCUGUACAUCACUAAUAGACCAGAGAUUUACUAUGGGCCAUUUCAUCCUCUUCUGGACAGCCAUGAACACUUUCCACAUCUCUACCAGAUGGCUCCUAAGGACACAUCUCUAGCCGUGGCAAUGGUGUCUUUGGUGGUAUAUUUCAGAUGGAACUGGGUUGGAGCAAUCAUCUCAGAUGAUGACCUAGGACUACAAUUUCUUUUGGAAUUGAGGAGAGAGAUGCACAGAAAUACUGUAUGCUUGGCCUUUGUACAUGUUAUUGUGGAAGAUAAAAUGUUAUUCCAGAAAAAUGUAAAUAGCUAUUAUAAUGAGAUCACAACAUCAUCAGCCAAAGUUGUUAUAAUAUAUGGUGACAAAGACUCUCAUCUGCAGCUCAACCUUAGAUUUUACAGAGUAGUAAAUGUUCACAGGAUAUGGGUCACUACCUCACAGUGGGAUAUGAUCACACAUAAUGAGAGAUUCCUUCUUAGUUCCUUCUAUGGGACCUUUACUUUUUUGCUUCACUAUUCUGAAUUACCUGGUUUUAAAAAAUUUAUCAAGACAACAAAUCCUUCCAAGUAUCUUAAUCCAUUUUCUCUUCAUAAAUUAUGGUGGAUAUAUUUUAAUUGUUCUCCAAAUUCAUUGAAUUUUAGGAAUCUUAAGAGUUACUCAAAAGAAAAACUAUAUAAUUGGUUACUUAUGAAAGACUUUGAAAUGUCUGUGGGUAGUACAGGUUAUGUGCUGUACAAUACUGUGCAUGCUGUGGCUCAUGCACUUCAUGAGAUGCUGCUACAAGAAUUAGAUACAUGGCCAAAGUAUUCUGGGAAAAGAGUGGAAUUUGACUCUUGGCAGAUGGUCCAUUACCUGAAGAACCUACAAUUUAAGAACCCUGUUAAAAACCAAGUGAACACAAAUCAGAAAGAAAACCAGGAUAUAAUGUAUGACAUUCACUACACUAUGGAUUUUUUGCCAAAUCAUGGACUUAAGGUCAAAAUAGGAGAAUUUUCCAAAUAUUUACCACACAGUCAACCAUUGCAUAUGUCUGAAGAGAUGAUAAAGUGGUACAUACACCUUAGACAGAUUUCACCCUCAAUAUGCAGUGUGCCUUGUAGUCCAGGAUUCAGAAAAUCUCCUCAACAGGGAAAGGCAGUUUGCUGUUUUGAUUGUACCCCUUGCCCAGAAAAUGAAAUUUCCAAUAUAACAGACAUGGAUCAGUGUGUAAAAUGUCCUGAUGAUCAUUAUGCUAACCGUGGAGGAAAUCACUGUCUCAAAAAAGUUGUGACAUUCCUGGGUUAUGAAGACCUCUUGGGAAUGUCUCUAGCCUCCUUGGCUAUAUGCUUUUCUAUACUCACCGCUGGAGUAUUUGGUGUCUUUUUGAAGCACAAUGACACUCCCACAGUCAAGGCCAAUAACCGGGCUCUCAGCUAUGUUCUUCUUAUCUCCCUUAACUGUUGCUUUCUCUGUUCCUUGCUCUUCAUUGGCCAACCCAACAUGAUCACAUGUCUCAUGCAGCAGACCGUGUUUGCAGUAGUAUUCACUGUGGCUGCUUCUACUGUCUUGGCCAAGACAAUUACAGUAGUAUUGGCCUUCAAGGUUACUACUCCAGGUAGAACGAUAAGGAGGCUGCUGGUAUCAGGGGCACCUAACUUCAUCAUUCCAAUUUGCACCAUGAUUCAACUGAUUCUAUGUGGGAUCUGGCUAGGAACUUCUCCUCCAUUUGUUGAUGUUGACAUACAUGUUGAAAAAGACCACAUUUUGAUUAUCUGUAACAAAGGCUCAAUUAUUGCCUUUUAUUUUGUUCUUGGAUACUUGGGAUCCAUUGCCCUGGGAAGUUUCAUUGUAGCUUUCUUGGCCAGGAAUCUGCCUGACACAUUCAAUGAAGCCAAGUACCUGACCUUCAGCAUGCUGGUCUUCUGUUGUGUCUGGAUUACCUUCCUCCCUGUCUAUCAUAGCACCAAGGGCAAGGCAAUGGUGGCUGUGGAGGUUUUCUGUAUCUUGACAUCCAGUGCAGGGUUGCUUCUUUGCAUCUUUGUUCCAAAGUGUUUCAUUAUUUUGUUAAGACCUGAGAGAAAUUCUUUUCAAAAUUUCAGGAAUAUGCAUUUGAAAAUUGAAAAUGCUCAUUAA